AUGGCUUGGUUCAGUGGUAAAGUAUCUCUGGGAGGAUUCCCAGAUCUCACUGGGGCAGUGAAUAAAUUCCAGGAGAGCGUUAAGAACAUCGAAAAGAAUUUCGACAAUGCUCUCGGCUUUGACGAGAAGUCGGAAUCUGGCGGUGAAGCUUCAAGUAUGUGGCCACCUGCAGUUGAUACCAAAAGUCUCUUUGAUCCUGUGAUGUCCUUCAUGGGUAACUCCUCUGAUGAGAAACCAGAUAGUUUGGAAGACUCUGUGAGUACAGAAAAUCCGUCUCAAACCCAAGGAAAAGAAGAGGAAGAAGAAGAAGAAGAAGAAGAAGAAGGAUCUGUUACGCUAGCCACUAAACAAGCAGUAUCUGUUGAAGCAAAGAAAGAAACAAAUGUGACAAGAGAAGCUGGUCACGCAGAUAAUCCUGAGGUUACAGAGACUGUUGUUUUAGAUCUCAAAGAUGAUGAACCUGAAUCGCAGAUGGUUCUCAAAGAGCCUUCUGAAUACUCUCUUCAACAUCCUGGAUCAUCAGGUUACUCUACCAGUCGUGAACCUAAUGAAACGCCGGAAAUGACAGCUUCUCAAGACUCACAGCCAGAGCAACCCAAGUCCGAAGAUUCUGGAUCAGAGGCUGAGGAGCCAAAGCCACUGGAUGCUGGAACAAAAGAUGUUUCUGUAGCGAACAAUGAUGCAGUCUACUCACCUGUGUUAAAGGAACUGCAUAAGAUUGCUGAUACGGAUGAGACACCAAAAGAACACGAAAGCCUGGGUGAAAAUCCGGAAGAGAGAACCUCGUCCAUCAAUGUUGAAGUUUCACCUGAUAUAAAUAAUGUUAACAAGAUAGAGUUGCCUGAUCCUCAACUAUCUUUAAUUACUGAGCCAUGUGGUCCUGCUUCUGAGUCUUCUUUACCAAAGAGAUCUUCUUCAGAUGAAAUUUCAGAUAGAAUUGUAGAUUUGGUUUCUCGUGAAUUGGAUUCAAGACUAAAUGCUAGUGAAUUGAAUGAGAGCCAGCGUUCAAGUUCUGCAACAAAUGCUUCCGACUCUGCUGACGUUGUUCUGGAAUUAGAAAAGACCAAAAAGGAAAUGAAAAUGUUAGAAAAUGCCCUGCAAGGUGCUGCACGACAAGCUCAGGCAAAGGCUGAUGAGAUUGCGAAGUUGAUGCAUGAAAAUGAGCAGCUAAAAUCUGUCACUGAGGAUUUGAAGAGGAAAUCUAAUGAAGCUGAAGUUGAGUCUUUGCGAGAAGAAUACCAUCAGAGAGUUGCUACUCUUGAGAGGAAGGUUUACGCUCUCACCAAAGAGAGGGAUACACUUAGAAGAGAACAGAACAAGAAAAGUGAUGCUGCGGCUCUUUUGAAGGAGAAAGAUGAAAUAAUAAAUCAAGUUAUGGCUGAAGGCGAAGAGCUUUCAAAAAAACAAGCUGCUCAAGAAGCUCAGAUCAGGAAGUUGAGGGCUCAGAUUAGAGAGGUAGAAGAAGAGAAGAAAGGACUGAACACAAAGCUUCAGUCUGAAGAAAACAAGGUAGAAAGUAUUAAAAGGGACAAGACAGCUACAGAGAAGUUGCUGCAGGAGACCAUAGAAAAACACCAAGCCGAACUUUCUUCUCAGAAAGCGUAUUACUCGAAUGCAUUAGCUGCCGCAAAGGAAGCUCAAGCAUUAGCUGAGGAGCGUACCAACAAUGAAGCGAGAACAGAGUUAGAGAAUCGUCUAAAGGAGGCUGUAGAGCGGGAAUCUAUGCUAGUCCAGGCACUGGAAGAAUUGAGGCAAACCUUAAGCAAAAAGGAGCAACAGGCAGUGUAUAGGGAAGACAUGUUCCGUGGAGAGAUUGAAGACCUUCAACGACGUUAUCAGGCUAGUGAGCGAAGGUGUGAGGAAUUAAUCACCCAGGUUCCUGAGUCUACAAGGCCUCUCCUAAGACAAAUUGAGGCUAUGCAGGAAACUACAGCCAGAAGAGCAGAAGCUUGGGCUGCUGUAGAGAGAACUCUGAAUGCUCGACUGCAGGAAGCAGAAACUAAAGCUGCCACAGCUGAAGAACGAGAGCGAUCUGUGAAUGAACGCCUCUCUCAAACCUUAUCAAGGAUCAAUGUUCUAGAGGCCCAGCUUUCAUGCCUUAGAGCAGAACAGGGUCAGUUAAGCAAGUCGCUCGAGAAGGAGAGACAGAGAGCGGCAGAGAAUAGACAGGAGUAUCUGACAGCUAAGGAGGAAGCAGAUACGCUAGAAGGUCGAGCAAACCAACUUGAAGUGGAAAUCAGGGAACUGCGGAGAAAACAUAAGCAAGAGUUGCAAGAAGUACUCCUCCACAACGAGCUUAUUCAAAAGGAUCUAGAAAGGGAGAAGGCUUCUCGUUUGGAUCUUGAAAGAACAGCCCGUAUCAAUUCCUCGGCAGCUUCUGAACAGCUUCCCAUAGCAAGGCAAAAUUCUGCCUUUGAGAAUGGAGGCUUGCCAAGAAAGCUCUCAAGCGCAAGUAGCCUUGGCAGCAUGGAGGAGAGCUAUUUUCUGCAAGCUUCACUUGAUUCGUCAGAUAGGUUUUCCGAGAAGAGAAGCAUGGCUGAGGCCUCUUUGAGUCCGUACUACAUGAAGAGCAUCACACCGAGUGCUUAUGAAGCCACACUUCGACAGAAGGAGGGUGAACUUGCUUCAUACAUGUCCCGCUUGGCAUCAAUGGAGUCUAUCCGAGAUUCCCUGGCGGAAGAACUAGUCAAAAUGACAGCAGAGUGUGAGAAAUUAAGGGUGGAAGCGGACAGGGUCCCGGGCAUAAAGGCAGAGCUGGAAGCACUAAGGCAAAGGCAUGCAGCUGCUCUGGAAUUGAUGGGUGAACGAGAUGAGGAGUUGGAGGAACUUCGAGCGGAUAUAGUGGACCUGAAGGAAAUGUACAGGGAGCAAGUGAACAUGCUGGUGAACAAGAUCCAAUGA